GAGCUUACGAGACGGAACGAACCCUUCUCUUCGCGGGCUUCUCUUCCCCGGAAAAUUACAUUCGCCGCCGCUAAGUUCACCGGAAACCAUCGUUUACACGAACCGGCGAUUUUAUUGUUAUCAUUUUUUCCGAAAGAAAAAAAGAGAUACGAAUUAGUGGUUCACCGUUCAUCGCAGUUGAAAUUAUUGCUUUUGUUUCUUGAGAUGAUAAGCUAAAAGCUCGGCGAUUUCGAAACACUGGCCGAUGGGCUGCGUUCUCGGAAAGAGAGCCGCCGGAGAAAGACGGAGCCCAGACGGAGCUCCAGGAGGCGGAGGGCGACGCCGUGAGACUACGGCGGAGCAAGAGUCGUCCUCAGUCGUCUCCCCACCGGAGGUUACCAGGCCGAGAAAGGAGGUAGUUCUGGGUCGGACGCAGAUUCAGACGGCGAGGACGUGGCACACCGGGGACUUUCCGGCGGAGGCUGGUAGCCGGACGUUGCGGCCGGGGUUGAGCCUCCGUGCGGAGGCAGCGGCGGCGGGGGUGUGGCCGCGGUGGCUGGUGGCUGCUUGUGGCGAAUCGAUCAAGGACUGGACACCUCGCCGCGCAAGCACAUUCCAGAAGCUCGAGAAGAUCGGGCAAGGAACAUAUAGCAAUGUGUACAAGGCUAAGGAUUUGAUGACAGGGAAGAUAGUGGCCUUGAAGAAAGUUAGGUUUGAUAAUUUGGAGCCAGAGAGUGUUAAAUUCAUGGCCAGGGAGAUUCUUGUGUUGCGGCGGCUCAACCAUCCGAACAUCAUAAAGCUCGAGGGUUUAGUCAUAUCGAGGGUUUCUUGUAGUCUCUACCUCAUAUUUGAGUACAUGGAGCAUGAUCUUGCGGGCCUCGCGGCAACUCAUGGUGUCAAGUUCAGUUUACCGCAGAUCAAAUGCUAUAUGAAGCAGUUAUUAUCGGGGAUUGAGCACUGCCAUAUCCGAGGUGUCUUACACCGUGAUAUUAAAGGUUCUAAUCUGUUGAUAGAUAAUGAUGGAACUCUGAAGAUUGCUGAUUUUGGUUUGGCUACAUUUUAUGAUCCCACGAAGAAGCAAGCAAUGACUAGCCGUGUUGUCACCCUCUGGUACCGCCCUCCCGAGCUUCUUUUCGGAGCUACCCAUUAUGGAGUUGGUGUUGAUCUUUGGAGUGCGGGUUGUAUUUUGGCAGAGUUACUUGCUGGUAAACCCAUAAUGCCUGGAAGAACCGAGGUAGAACAACUUCACAAGAUAUUCAAAUUAUGUGGCUCCCCCUCGGAUAUGUACUGGAGAAAGUACAAAUUGCCAAACGCGACGCUUUUUAAGCCUCAGAAUCCGUACAAACGUUGCGUGUCUGAAACCUUCAAGAGUUUCCCUCCGUCUUCUCUUCCUCUAGUUGAAACCCUUCUUUCUAUAGAUCCCGAUGACCGAGCCACUGCUACUUCCGCUCUGAAUAGUGAAUUCUUUACUACAGAACCAUUAGCUUGUGAUCCAUCAAGUUUACCGAAAUACCCACCAAGCAAAGAAUUGAAUGUGAAAUUGAGGGAUCAAGAGGCAAGAAGGCAAAAGGGUGCAAGUGGAAAAGCUAAUGCUGCUGUUGAUGGAGCUCGAAGGAUUAGAUUUCGUGGGGACCGCACUGGUCGUGCUGUUCCAGCUCCCGAAGCUAAUGCUGAGAUUCAAGCGAACUUAGACAGAUGGAGAGUGAUAACACAAACAAACGAGAAGAGCAAGAGCGAGAAAUUUCCGCCGCCUCACCAGGACGGGGCGGUUGGCCACCCGUUAGACGGGUCGAAUAAAAGUGCCGUCUUUGACACGUCGUUUGGCUCAUCCCUGUCGAAUGGUAAGUCAUCGAGAUCGCUCAAGGCCGGGGAAGGGACGUCGAUGACGAAGGCUCCGAUUAAAGACGGGUCCCGUGGAUCUUCUUCGUCCAGGAGGUUCAUAUGGGGACUGAAACCUUCGGGACUAGGGAUAUCGAUGGACUUACUAUUCAAGAACAGGUCAGAAGUUUUCGGGAAUCAAAGAUGAGGUAAAUGGUGGAAGACGGGUGGGUAUCGGUUUUUUUUUUUUUUUGGCAAGAGUCGAAUAAGAGACUGUUCCCGGGCUUUUCGGAUGAUUUGAUUCUUUGUAGUAGAGUAGGUAGUGAAAGAUGGAAAAGACAGAGAGAUGUGGUUUAGGGUUUUGGAUUUGGUGUAAAGAGGAAAACUUUCAGUACUUGUUUGGUUGUAUAUAUGGCUGAUUUGGAAA